AUGUAAUUUUACACAAUUUUUAACGAUAUAGUUUCAUUAAAAUGUUGUUAUAAUGUUACGUUAUAUUUAUAUUUGAAUUGCAACGAUAAUAACUUUUAAGUACUUAUUAUAUUAAUCAUAUUACCAUGUACUUAAAAUAAAAAAUCAAUGUAAUAUGAACUUCUUAUAUUUAUAUAAAAUUAUCUAAUAAAAAUAUGUCCCAAAUAGUUUUAAUAGAGUCUGAUAUUGAUGAACUAUUGAAAAACUAUCAAAUGCGAAGGCGAAUUGAUCAACAUGUUAUUCUGAGAAAACUAUCAAUACUAUGUAUUUGUCUAGCUUUAUUUGGUAUAAUUUACUUUGGUUAUUUUUGUUCCAAUAGUCGUUGCUCACAAUCUUACAAUCCAAAACCAACAUUUUACUCGGAAUGGACUGUUUUGAAUUUACUAUCAACCAACAAUUCUGAUAAAAAUAUAUUAAAAAAUACUGGUACAUCUAUAAGUUAUGAUGAUAUGCAAAAUGAAAAUCAACUACGAUUUGAUAUGAAUGCUCAUGACGUUUUGGUGUUUCUACAUAUUCAGAAAACUGGAGGAACAUCAUUUGGACGCCAUUUAGUUCAAGAUUUGGACCUUCAGCGACCUUGUACUUGUCAAAGAAAAAGAAAAUUAUGUUACUGUUUUAGACCUAGUCGCAAUGAAAACUGGUUAUUUAGCCGAUACUCAACUGGUUGGAAGUGUGGUCUUCAUGCGGACUUUACAGAAUUAACAGGAUGUGUUAACUCAGAAUUAGAUAAAAGUGAAGGCAAAUCAAAAAAUAGAAGAUACUUCUAUUUGACUUUGUUAAGAGAUCCUAUUAGUCGUUAUUUAUCUGAAUACAAACAUGUACAGAGAGGAGCUACAUGGCGAAUGUCUAAACAUUGGUGUGGAGGACGUCCAGCAUCUCUAGAAGAACUACCUAAAUGUUAUAAUGGAACAUUUUGGACUGAUGUAACUUUAAAUUCAUUUGCUGAUUGUUCACAUAAUUUAGCUGCUAAUAGGCAAACACGGAUGUUAGCUGAUUUAAAUUUAGUUGGUUGUUACAACAAUACUUUAAUGAAUCAUGAAAAAAGAAACCAAAUUAUGUUAGCUAGUGCAAAAAAAAAUUUACUAUCAAUUGCAUUUUUUGGACUUACAGAAUAUCAAAAGUUAAAUCAAUACAUCUUCGAAGAAACAUUCAAUUUGAGGUUUGCCAUAACAUUUACACAACACAACUCAACUCUUUCAGCAGUGUAUAAAUCUUUGUUAAACAAAGAAGAGCUGGAAAAAGUAAAAAAAGUAAAUGCUUUAGAUAUAGAACUUUAUGAAUUUGCCAGACAUCAUUUAUUUCGGAGAUUUGAAAAGUUAAGAUCAAUAAGUCCUAAUUUUAAAGAUCGUUGGACACAUUUAGGUAUGUUACCUAGUAAUACUGCAUUUGACUGGGAAAAAGAAGUUGAAACUGAAGCUACAGAUAAUGAGGUCAACUAUUCUUAGCUAAAAUGGUUGUUAAUAAAACUUUUUCAAACCUUAAUAAAAUGUUUUGCAUGAAAACUUAAAACUUAAGUAUUAUUUUUUAUUAUACCCAUUUUAAGUAUUAUAUUUUAUCUAUUCAUUUGUAUGUUAAAAAAAUUCUAAACUAUUUUACUGUUUAAUAUAUAAGUUUUUUAUUAUACAACAUUAGUUUAAAUAAAUACAUGUAUAUAUAGAUAUGUUUAUUUUUAAAUAACAUAUUACUGCUUUUAAAUUAAUUUUGAUGGCAUCAUUCCUUUUUUUUUUUAUUUAAUAGCUUGACUCAUCAAGUAUUGAAAUAAUAAUUAGUUUUAUAUUAAAUAUAUAUAUGACAUAUCAUUUAGGCUAAUAUUAUAUAGAAAAUAUAAUUUUGAGGUGAUUAUGUAUUAAAAUAAGUUACCAUAACACAUUAUUAGUUAAAAAAUUUUACAUUAUUUUAAAUAUAAGACUGGAUUAUAUAUUUAUAGUAAAGCUUAAUUAUAAGUCAUUGAACAGUUAAUGUAAUACUAUAAAAUAAUUCCAAUAAAUUUUUUUUACUAUA